ACCCCCCCUCCCCACGCGGGACACGGCGUGGGGCUGGCUGCCGGCCGGAUCUGCCCCCGCCCGCCCGGAGGCGGCUUUUAAGAGCGGGGGCGGGCGGUUUCUCCUCGCCCGCCGAGCCUUUGCGAAGUCGCCGGUGGCGGCGUGGGCUGCGUGGGGCGCACACGUGUGGCGGAGGGGGCGGCCCUGCCCCGGCCCCCGGCGGGGCGCUGGGCGCUGCGGGUGUGCAUGGCCCUGCGUGGGCGGCGAUGGCUGCGUGAUGGCCCAGCGCGGGCAGCCCGCACCGCACGCCAUGGCUGCCAAAGAGGAGCUCUACAGCAAAGUCAUCCCCCGGCGGAACCGGCAGCACCGCGCGGGGACCAUCAAACAUGGCUCGUCGCUGGAGAUCCUGCUGUCAAUGGGCUUCCCCAAAGCCCGGGCACAAAAAGCACUGGCAUCUACAGGUGGAAGAAGUGUUCAAGCAGCAUGCGACUGGCUGUUCUCCCAUGUGGGUGACCCAUUCCUCGAUGACACCCUGCCUCGGGAAUACGUCCUCUACCUGCGCCCCACCGGCCCCCUGGCUCAGAAGCUGUCUGAGUUCUGGCAGCAGUCAAAGCAGAUCUGUGGGAAGAACAAAGCUCACAACAUUUUCCCACAUAUCACCCUUUGCCAGUUCUUCAUGUGUGAGGACAGCAAGGUCGAUGCUCUCACUGAAGCUCUGCAGGCCACGGUGAUGCGGUGGAAAUGCAAAUUCCCUGCCCCUUUGCCUUUGGAGCUCUACACGUCCUCAAACUUCAUUGGGCUUUUUGUCAAGGAAGAAAGUGCUGAGGUGCUCAAGAAGUUUGCUGCAGACUUUGCUGCAGAGGCUGCUUCUAAAGCAGAUGUUCACGUGGAGCCCCACAAGAAGCAGCUACACGUGACGCUGGCCUAUCACUUCCAGACCAGCCACCUGCCCACGCUGGAGAAGUUAGCGCAGAACAUCGAUGUCAAGCUGGGCUGCGACUGGGUGGCCGCGAUAUUCUCCCGAGACAUACGCUUCGUUAAUCACGAGACUCUGCAAGUGAUCUAUCCUUACACCCCCCAGAAUGAUGAUGAACUGGAGCUGGUCCCAGGGGAUUUUAUUUUCAUGUCCCCAGUGGAACAAACCAGUACAAGUGAGGGCUGGAUUUAUGGCAUUUCCCUUGCAACUGGCUGUUCUGGGCUACUGCCUGAAAAUUACAUCACGAAGGCGGAUGAAUGUGGGACCUGGGUGUUUCAUGGGUCCUACUCAAUUCUGAAUACUACAUCUUCCCCGUCCCUUCAAGCCUUCACUGACGGAGCUCUGGAAAGAAGACAGCAGGAAGACCAAGGACCUGGGGAUGCAGGGCCCCUCACUAUCAUCUGCCAGAACGUGCAGCCUCUGAGAAUAACCAGCCAGCCAGGGCCUCAGAAACGCUGCCUGUUUGUCUGCAGGCAUGGGGAAAGGAUGGAUGUCGUUUUUGGGAAGUACUGGUUGUCACAGUGUUUUGAUGCCAAAGGAAGGUAUAUGCGUAGUAACCUGAAUAUGCCUCACAGCUUACCUCAAAGAAGCGGCGGUUUCAGGGAUUACGAAAAAGACGCGCCAAUCACUGUGCUGGGCUGUACGCAGGCAAGACUUGUUGGUGAAGCCUUGCUAGAAACAAAUACCAUUGUAGACUACAUCUACAGCUCCCCAUCCUUACGGUGUGUACAGACAGCACACAAUAUCCUGAAAGGUAUGCAACAGGAGAACAACCUGAAAAUUCGAAUAGAGCCGGGCUUAUUUGAAUGGACCAAGUGGGUCUCUGGGAGCACACUACCUGCCUGGAUACCCCCCGUGGAUUUAGCUGCAGCUACUCUAAGCGUUGAUACAACCUACAGACCUCAUAUUCCUGUCAGCAAGUUAGUGGUUUCCGAAUCUUAUGAUACAUACAUAAGUAGAAGCUAUCAAGUAACAAAAGAAAUCAUCAGUGAAUGUAAAGGCAAAGGAAAUAACAUCCUGAUAGUGGCACACGCAUCCUCCCUGGAGGCUUGUACCUGCCAGCUCCAAGGGCUCUCGCCGCAGAACUCCAAGGACUUUGUACAGAUGGUCCGAAAGAUUCCAUACUUGGGAUUUUGUUCGUGCGAAGAACUGGGAGAUACAGGUGUUUGGCAGCUUACGGACCCCCCCAUCCUCCCUCUCACACACGGACCAACUGGAGGCUUUAACUGGAGAGAAACCUUACUACAAGAAUAGGCAAAGCUACAUAAGCAAGGAAAACCCAUGGCCUUUCUAAGCAUUGGAGAAUGUCUCUUCUUUCUUGUGUUUAUUGACAGUGGAAAAAUAGUCAUGAUAUGUUCAGUGGAUCACAAAAACAGCUGUUCUAGCAUCUCUCUCACAGCCACAGUCAUGCAAAAACUCUUGUAUACAACUAGGCAAAUACAAAAGGGGGGUGAUCUGAGGGAAAAAAUACUGAAAUACAGAUUGAAGCUCUUGCAAAGCAGGGAGUCUCCGUUUAGUCAGUAUCUCGGGUAGAUUUUCCCACCUUGAAUGGAGCUGAUAACACCAGUAGCUUUCACUGCCUUCUGCACCGCGUUAGAAACAACUAGCACUGUGUAAAAGUUGAGCAAUUCAGGACGCUGGGGUUUUUUUUCACUACUACUUUUGCAAAGCAUUAGCAGACUUACUCGGAACCACAUGUUGACACCCCCUCACUCACAACCCCCAACUUCUCAGCACCUUCCACAAAGCGUAUCACCACCAGCUGGAAACGAGAGUCCAGCAUCGCCUCUGCAGGCAGCAUCAGACUAUUCCCCUCCUCAGAUCACCGGGGUAGGUGUUUCGUUGGGCACCAUGGAUGCAAAGACUGACUGACGCUGAUCUGCAUCAGAAGAAAACUCUGAAUUUCACAUCAGUUACAGAUGAAGUUUGCACAUCGAAAGACAGCACCAUUGUGAACAAAGACUGGGAGCAAUUUCUUUUAAGUGGAGAUGAAAUAAGCCUUUUCCAACCAAACCUGAAGGAUUUGGAAAGCUGUUUGGUUUUUGGUUUUGUUUGUUGGUUGGUUGUUUUUUUUUUUUCCUUUUUUAUUUAGAUUAUUGAAAUCCACCCGUGUGCACAGACCCAGCCUAAAGUGUUUGUGUCACUUAAAUUCCCUUCAGAAUACCUUGGAAAAGGAUUUUCUCUUUUAUAUGGAGAUUUUGCAUUGGUCAUUUACACAGUGGUGGCUUUCUGUCCCUUGUGAGUUUUUUUGUCAGCCCUGGUGAGAUCCUGCAGUAAGCAGCUUUCUUCAGGAGGUAACAAUGAAAUCAAAGAGAUACAGAAAUUUAGCAUCCACUGCAUGCUUUGCUUCCUUUUCCUUAAUUCCUAAGUGCCAUCUAUCAUAAAGACAAAGCAGAGCUGAAAAAAACAGUACACUUAAAUUUAGGAGCAACAUUCUUGGGGCCUAUUAAGAUGCUAUUUGUCCAGUGGGUGAAGGGUUAAGGAUUUUGAGAGCAGGGGAAGAAAACGAUUUCCAUCUGUAGCUAAAAUCUUUGAAAUCACAAGAAGUGUCCUCUUAGUGCAACAGCCUGCAAGAUGCCAAUACCAGCUGCUUCGCAGGAGAAUGCAAAAUACACCACAGUGGGUAGUUUAUAGUAUAAACUGGCUUCAGAGCAGGUUUCUUUUAAAUAUUAUCUUAGGUCAUCAGCCUUGGGUCAAAAAGAUCCUGCAGAUAUUUGUAUGGGUCUUACCAGCAUAGGCUCACUUUCAGAAGGUACUUAAAACUGUGCUUUAACGGGAUGAAAGAGAUUUAGGCAUACUCCUUUCUUGGUUUGGGCCCUAAGUCUGAGUAUUCCCAUAAAUAGCAUCAAAGGCAAGCUCAGAAGUACCAGGAAAGAACUUCUGGCAUCCUAGGUACCCCUCUUCUGUCCUGCUUCUCCUCUGCAGAAAGUGUUAUUGUCCUCAUUUUAAACGCUCGCAAUGGCACAGAAGUUGAUACUGGACAACUCUGACAAAGACUUAUUACUGAUAGCAAGAUCAAAGUUUGUUUUGUGUUGGUUUCCUUUAACCUAUCAAGCCUUCGGCAGAACUGGUCUCACCUGUGGUAGCAUAUAACUGAGCUGCACUUUCAGCAGUCAGAAGGCAAAAGGAGUGAUGAACUGCAAUCCCUUCUUCCUAAACGAGGCAAAACACUCAGCAAUUGGGAUGUAACAAAUCUCAAGGGGUCUUAGCUCAGCUUUGUCUCUGGGUUUUACUGAGCUUGCCAGGGAGAAUACACCAGAUUCUGUACUUGCUUUGAGUCAGCAGAGAGCUCGCCCUGUGCAAUAUGUACAUUGUCACGAUCCGUAACAAUAGUCCAUUAUUUAUACGUUUAUGACUAUGUAAUACACUGUAGGCCAUUCGUAAGUGCAUUAUUAUACCAGGGAUGUAUACUGAAAAGUCAGGGAGAUAACUUAGAGAUGACAGAAGAAACUGCUCCAGUGCAGUUAUACUGCUGUCACUUUAGAUUUUACCUGUAAUUUAAACUAUUUUUGGCUGUGUACAGACAUUCCGAAGAGCAUUUCAGGCUUGUUUUCCUCCAUGCUUACUGACUGCAAAUUUGCAAAGAGUUUGAACCUACAUAGUUGACAAUCACACCAAAAAUAAGUUGGUUACUUGAUGCACAUGUAAUUCUCUGGACUGCUUUUGUUUCAUGCUGUGGGCCAGGAAGAUGUAAAUUGAGGCAACAAAUACUGCCUAUAUAAACCAGUGGAGGCUGCUCAGGUCCUACUGCAGUUAAGCGACUUUACGAGGGGUUUAUUUAGACAGAAAUGGGAAACAGAGGGAACAAAACCUGAAUGCACAAUUUGAAUAUUGUACUAGCUAAUCUUUGCAUAUAGUAAGUAACAUAGAAAAGAGUGUCCUGUUUGAGAAAGUAGAUGUUAAAAUACUCUCUUAAAAAAAAAAUAAAUUAUAUUUUUAGAUGUUUGGGAAAGUAUUUUGACAAUUGUAGUCUUAUCUCAAAUUAGAUUUUUCAGGUGUCAAGAAUCUCAGAAAGAAAAAUCUUAUUUUCUUCUAGCAUUUUGAUUUCUCAUAGGGGUUUUGUGUUAAGUGUUCUCAUGUUGGUAAGACUGGGGGGGGGGAGGGGGGGGAAGAAAACAAAAAUGUUCCUUUUGAAUUUUCAAUUGAGAUGUUAAGAAUAUAAAACAAUUGCUGCUUCGCUUCCACUCCAUUGCUGCUCAUUAAUAUGUAUUUCACAUCACUUCAGCAUUUUGUCCCAGAACAACAUUAGACUUCAUCUCCCUAAAGCGCAUGCAAGUUUUUGCCUUGCCUUCACUGUGAGCUGCAUCAGAUCCCAACAGUUUAAUUAGGGUAUAGGAGGCAAGGAGCAGUUCCUAGAUUUUUCCCUGUCUUCCCAAUUAAGGAAUAAAGCAGGAAAUCCUCCAAGAACAAGUUGCUUGUCCAGUAUUUUCAUAAACUUCAGGGUUGGGCUACAGAAAUACAAGGAUCAAAGUGCAGAAUCAAAUUCUAGCACAACAGCAGCUGACAGGAUGGCACUCAACACCAGAAGGUCAAAAACAGGGUAUUUGAAAAAGAUCAGGUUUGAUCAAGAAUUUGUCCUUAUCACUGGACUUCAUAUCUCGCUGUGCCUGGGGAUACCUUGCUAGUUUAAUGCAGGUGCCAGGUCUAAAGCUUCAUUCAUUUCCCUUACAUUUAGUGCAGUGGCAGCUACGGCCAAGAACUUAAAUCCUCUGAGCAUGGAGCCAGGUUCUCUGUGAGUGUAAAUUGAGACUGUGUACUCAAAUCUUGCUUGUUCAUUCAAACUGAGGAUCCAGACUGUGACCUUGGGGAAAAAACAAACAAACAAACAAACAAACAAACAAAAACACCACCAACAAAAAAUAUAUUUCCCUUUUCACUCAGUCUGAAUGAUUUCAGAAAGAAGUCACCUGAUGGUAGGAGCCUCCUUCUCUCCUCUGGUGUUAGCUUCUAGUGUCAACAUUAUUAUAAAAGUGAUAAUUUACAUCAACAAAUAACUAGUUGCUUACAAGAAUUAUCUUUAGUGAAGGCAACAUCAGUAGUAAUUCCGCAAAACGAAGUGGGCAGAAGGGAUGCUAGAAUGCUAUUCCGCAGUGUAUCGUUCUGUAUCUGCAGCCCUGACUCCCCCAGGCAGCAAUAUCUUAGGGACAUGGGUACUGUCACCUUUGUGGGCUAACUGCAGCUCUGGGAAGCAGUGGUCAGAGGAUGGGGAGGGGGUUGCGUACAGCACCGGGACGAGCUCAGCCUCUCGACUCAGCUCCUGCCUACUGCACUGGAUGCGAGGGGUCGUAAACUUUUGCCUCUGGGUCCUUACAAAGGGAGUCCAGAGCCCAGGGAAACAAAGCAGAAGCUUUCUCUUGAUUUCCUCAGGCUUGGGAUGAAACUGGGCAAAGCCUGGUCCUACCCCAGGCUGCUCCCCCCCACCUGCCACUGACUUCAGGAGGAAUUCGGAAGACAUACCUGGGCAGGGUUAGGCCCUUCCAGUCCUUAUUUAAGAAAUGCAUGCAGAAGUAGGGUGAAAUUUAGUGUCUGAUUAUAGUUAUGGUCAUUUCAAGAAGAGGGACGCUGGAUAGUUGAGUUAGGCUGUAGCUGACUAACCCAGAGCUGGAAAUCAGUCUGCGAUGCUUCCUAACUUAAAAUGUAUUGAAAUUCCCUAUGAAAACUACUGUUUAGAAAGGGAGCCUUAAUAGGUUUGAUUUGUGGUUUGGUUUGUUUUAUUUUUUAAAAAGAGCCUAAGUAUAGAGAAAAUUCUUUCAACUUUUAAAAUAUACGUGAAAUGACGGUGGUAGCAGACAUGCUUAAAAUGGUGAAUGAAUGAACAAUAACAAAAAAAAUAAAAGCAGUAGGUGUGAUUGGUUGCAUAUACUCUAAAUCGCUACUUACUUCUCACCACUUCCUCAAAUACUUGUUCCCUGGGGAAUAUUCGUGAACCAUACAUGCUACAUAACAGAAAACACACAGGCAGUUCCUUUCUACUACUUCCCAUUACAAUGUAUUUUCUGAAGUUUCUCGCUGUGGACAUCUCUUAAAACUUGAUGUUAUCAAUGGAUAAUUUUUUUUUUUUUUCAUUUUAAACCUGUUGUAUCAUUCUGUUACGUUUUUUUAGUGUGAGCAGAUUGUAUUUAUUUGAGAAAAAUGUUUGCUGUUUAAAAAACACAAUAAUUGUAUUGCCAAAAAUAGCUGUAAUUACCUGUGACAUCUGUAUUUUUUUAUUUUGGGGGGGUGGGAGGGUGGGUGUUGGUUGGUUGUUUUUAAUCUCAGUUUCAAGUGCUAACAACUGUUAAAACAACCACUGCAUUUUAAUUUGCUUACAACAAUAAAUGGAUUUCUUGGAAGUCGGACAAAAA